AUGAAAGACAGGAGAAUGAUCGGACAACUUUUUGCUGUUAUUAUUUUUGAUUAUCUAUGUUUGUUUUCUGAGGCAUAUACAAUAAAUGAUGAACUGAGUCUACAUACAGCGAUAUUCAAUUCCACAUACGACCGAGACGUUCGACCGGGAGCAAGUAGAUCCACUCCAUUACAAAUUAUGGUUACGUUUAUAUUUAAGAGUAUAAAGGAGCUUGAUGAAUCUGUGGGGAAAUUCUCCAUUACUGGAGCUCUAGGUGUUUUCUGGGUAGACCAUCGAUUGUCAUGGAAUCCAACUGAUUACGGAGGGGACUUGAAUACAACCGUAGUCCCGCAAAAGAAAAUCUGGAUACCCUUCCUUGUCAAUACAAUGGACUUUGACACAUUAAAACCGAUUGGGCACAACGAACUCAAUUUAAGAGUCGCAAAUGAUGGAAAAGUCACUUGGAUAACGCCUAACAUGUUUGAGAGUACUUGCGAUGCUGAUAUGUCUUUUUACCCAUUCGAUUCACAGAUUUGUACCUUGAGGUUCUAUAUACAAGGAUUCACGCUCUCUGAAAUCGUAUUCGCGAUUCCUAAGUCUUCCAUGGACAUGAAUGAAUAUAGUGAAAAUGGUAUUUGGGAAGUAAAAGAAACUCAAAUUUAUAUUGCCAUAAACUCACAACAAAUUCAAGAGGUUCGAAUGACAAUCAGCAUGAAGAGGCGCCCAGUUUAUUAUAUAUCUAGUUUGAUAUUGCCAGUUAUUUUUCUUGCAUUUCUCCAGUUGUUUGUUUUUGUAAUGCCACCAGAAUGUGGUGAACGCGUUGGAUUUGUUACCACGGUUCUUCUAGCCAUUGCUGUCUAUCUCACCUUAGUUCAAGAUAAAUUACCAGAAGGUUCUGAACCCAGUGUUUCCUUCCUCAGUUACAAACUAUUGGGAGACUUCAUGAUCGGGGUAUUCAUGACAAUAAGUGUGAUUGUUGGGCUACGAUUUUAUCAUAGGGAGGAGGAAACGGUAAUUCCCGAUUACUUGGAGACGUUUCACAGAAUGUUGUUUCGUUGUUGUCGUUGCAAGAGAAAACAUAAAGUGAAUUUUGACGAGAAGAAAAGCGCAACGGAAGUGACCAUUGAUUCUGUAUCUAAGAUUCUUACAUGGCGAGACAUCGGAAUGGCAAUAGAUCGUUUCUGUCUUAUUCUCUUUGGAAUAAUUCUGGUUAUUUCUAACGGUGUUUAUCUCGCAGUAAUGUGUUUCUAUACUUAA